GGCGAAGCUCAGACACCAGUGCCAGCAUCUCAAACCGAACGCCUGGGUCUUAGGCUAGUCUCUGAUAGCGAUUUUUUUCUAAAAAUGUGUUUCUAUUGUUGGUCGCUACUCCUCGCUGUGCCGGACAGUGCAUUGGCGUGGUCAAUAAUAACAACAGAGUGAAAGUUGGUUUUUUUUUUUAUUGUGUGCUGAUCAGUCCUGUGUUCAACAUACCGGCUAACGUAACUAAGUUGACCUGGGUUUUAAUUCAAACAAUUUCUUAGUUUGAAUAUAAACCUGCCACACACUGGAAGCAGUUUCUUCAAAACUAGGAUUCAAUUCUGCCUCAAGACAGAAGGAAACAAAACAAAAGAAAGGAACACAGUUAAGAAGAUACGCUUGCCUUUGCUUGGUUCCACUUCCACCCGAUGACUAGGCGUCGUGACAAAGUGACAAAGUGGCUAAGCACACCUGAGCUGUAAGACAGGGGGGCUAAUCGAUAACAAAACCAGGAUUUAGGUCAUCGAUAGAGGUGUAGCAGACGACGGAAUCCAGGACUCUUACAAGGGGGAGUUAGCUUCCCUUGCCAACUUCACUGAUUGCAGAUCCGAGCAAAAAGAAAAAGAAAGAUGGAGCUAGUGGGCGAAGAAGAAGAGGAACCGGAAGCAAAGCCGAACCGGAAGCGCGUCAACUUUCGAAAGGAGAUGCUCCGCUACCAAAGCUUAAGAAAUCACCUGAACGAGUCUCAGUUCCUGGCGGCAGAAGAAGACGACCUGGAGGACAAGGACAACAACAUCUGGAGAAACUUUGUCUCACAAUGUUCAGCUACAUUCCUGGCAGUGUUUGCAGUCAUCCCUUCAAGAAAUCUCCAGACGAGCAUCCAUGCGCCAAAUCAACUUGGCAAGAUCUCGUUGGUCUGCAUGUAUGUGUCCUACAUCAUCGGCUGCCUCUUCACCGCACUCAUCCUACGCAAGGUCAAGGCCAAGAUGCUCCUCCUUGCUUCCCUCUUCUUCCACAUCCUCUACUCCGUCUCCAACGUCAUCCCCUCCGCCUACACGCUCCUCCCUUCCUCUUGCCUUGUCGGACUCUCCCAGCCCGCAUUUUGGGCGGUUCAGGACAUGCUCCUGCUCAACUACGGCCUCAAGUACUCGGCCACCACCCGGAUGACGCCGCAGAAGUCGCUCCGGCUGUUUCAGACGGUGACCAUCAUCACCAUCCACUCGGCCCAGAUCCUGGGCAACCUCCUCAGCUCCGGGCUCAUCUCCGUCUCGCAAUUCCACUGCAGCGAAGACUGGGCCAUGCUCAACAAGGGGAGCAACUCCUCUUCCGCUUCCUCCGCGCCCGAGAAACAGAUACGGAGCGAGAAAUGGACCUACACGCUUCCGUUCAUCCCCAUCCAGGCCCGUCGCUCCUCGGAGCCCUCUCCCCCCGUGAACUUUUACCAAAUCCUGACGCUCAUCUAUCUCUGCAUGAGCGUGGUGGCCAUGGGGGCGGUGCUCAUCUUUUUUGAGAGCCCCGAUACGGUGCUCCAGAGGCGUAUCUUGUCGUGGAGGGAGAGGUUCAGGGAGAUCAAGCACUGUAUAUCUGACCCGCGCUGGAUUCUGGCCUGGUUCUCCGCUGCCUAUGUUGGUUUUGCUCAAGGAAUCAUAAUGUGUGACAUAACAAAGUUGUACGGCACAGACACGCUUGGCUGUUUUAUUGUUGGCUACAUGAUGGUCUCGUUUGGAACAGGGAACCUGGUCGCCAUACUGGCCAUGGACAAACUCAAGCCUUGCUCGUCCCACCCGCUCUUCUUGUCCCUGGGUUUUUUACUGAACAUCGGGGUUCUAAUUCUAACGUCACUAUGGAAACCAACCGGAAUAGAAUCAUCCGAAUUACUUCUGUACACGGCAUUCUGGGGUCUAGCAGACGGCACAUUGCAGGCGCAAUCUCAAGCCAUUGUGACACGGUAUGCUCGAGAUGAAAAAGACACCGCCAUGACUGGGUUCCGGGUGUGCCAGGGACUCGGCCUGAUCGCCAGCUUCUUCACGUCGAUUUUCACGCAGAAUCUGAUGACGUCAUUGUACGCCGCCCUGGUGCUCCACGUCAUCGGAUUCCUGGGCCUGAUUCUCGUGGCCAACGAGGUCGCCAGCCGGGAUCGUCAGGGAACAGGGGAAGUGAAUGAAGACUCCCGCGCCCAGAGCGAGACGGAUCACUGUGGAACGGAAGUUGGCAUCGAUAACGAGGCUCAGAUCACAUGAGGCUCUCUGUUUUAAAAAAUUGUAUGUCCUUUUAUAUGUUUGGCUGAUGUCAUACUAAAAUGCUCUUUGCUUCAGUUGUUAAUGUUUUAACCACAAAAGGGCGCUAGUAUUGCUGAUACAUAUUUAAAUUAAAUAUUCCAUAUUCCAUCAUUUCAUUAACCCAAGAAAAGCAUGGCAAAAUCAUCAUCAUCAUCGUCAUUAUCUGCCCAGCAUUCACCGAGAUUUGAACCCUGGACCUCUCGUUUCGGAAGCCAAGCGCUUUACCACUCAGCCACCAGGCCCCAUUCCGUGACACUUGUGUAGUAAAUUCCAUGACCCCCUUUUCGAAAUAUCCGGGGGCAUCGAUUAGUCCAUUUCACUUUCUUUUUCAAUUUAGAGGCUAAAAAAUAUUUUCUUUCCAUUUAGCGUUCCCUUCCAUUUUUUAAAAUCGUUGAUUGUUGUCCAGUGUUAAAGAGGGUAGUGUGUGUCCAGCAUAUUGACCAAUCGUCUUUUCCUUUCAUUAUCUAAGGCCUGACAGGUCUUCAGACUAGGCGUUGGGUUAACCGCGGGGAUUAAGUCAUUUCAUUUAAUCCUAAUCACGCUUUCUCAACAGAACGAGUCUCCAUAACCUUUAAGAUCAGUAAAGAAAAGGGUUACAUAUAUAUAUAUAUGGUUCGUCCAUCGUGGUUUCAUGGUGACCACUUUUGUCAUCCAAGGGUCUGAGGGCUUUGCAGUGGGGUUUUGUGCCUCUUCGUGUGGCUGGUUAGACCUCAGCCCGGGUACGCAGUUCUGCCUCAAUGUGGCACUCGGGUGGAAACGAUCAUUUGAGGAAGUAAUUAGGCUAAAUGAAUAGCAAAACAAAACUCCUGUGGGAGUGUCCAAGGGAAUGCGAGAACUUUCCCAUUGCACGGUGCGGAGUUGAAAGAGAGCUUCAACGUCCCUGUCGAUAAUCCAUGAGCCGUUCCUCAAGGGACCGGUACACUAAUGGCGAGUCCUGCGCGGUUAGCUUGGUACAACAUAGUGAAAUGGCGGAGGUUCCCGGUGUACUCGGCCUUCGGCCAUGCAUUCCUGUCCAUGCGUCCUGAGUGCUAGAUACAUCGGAAAUAGCAAUGCCUAACAUAGGCAUUGACUUGGAUCUCUUCCAGACAGAACGUUUGUUCAUGCAGGCUUACAUUCCUCGAGCUCUUUUGACAAUCAAACGGUAAGACCUCUGUGAUCCCGGAAUGUUCGGCUGCACACAGGGCAGGUUAUUCCAGCUGGAGCUAAGGUUCACAUCGAUGUAGCUAUGAUAGCGCAUUCGGUGUGCAAGUUUAUGGAAAACAGCUACAGUCAAAUAAGAAUUAUACACAUUCUUAUGGUCUGUAUUAGUUACGUUGUCUUUUCAUUUUCCCACUUGAUGGAGACCUAUUUAUUAUAAUUCCUCUAUUCAAGUCGCAAUUUCAUGGAAGCUGGGUGGAGGGUGGAACCUGGACACGGAUCUCAAAAACGGCUCUAACAAUUUUUUUCUAGCAAUUUAACUGUUCAUGUAUGUCGCUGAGAAAAGAAUUACUAUCUCGUUGGCCACACGGGAAAAACUCUAGUUUGACUAUUAUGCUUUUAACUAGGUCUAUAUCUUAAUCCAACCUCGGUUUUGAAAGGACUAUCUCGUUCAUGAAAGGACUAUCUCGUUCAUUAAAGGACUAUCGCGUUCGGGAAUUUCCUAAUGCAAUGCAUUUUUGAUUCAAAAGUGAAAUAAAUAAAUGUUCAGAAAAAUUUUGGACAUCAAAAAAAUGUUCGGUCGUUUUUUUUUUAAAUGUAACAUUCAUUAGUUAUUAAAAGAAAAAAAGACAAUCGCUCUAUAAGCUGUAUAAAGGUAUUUUCAUUAUUUUUUUAAAAGUAUUUUAAUGGUUUUCUUGUUUUAUAUAUAUAAAUAUGAAAUAUGAAUAUAAAUGUAAAAUUGUCCGAUGUUUUGUUCAUUCUGGUUAUAUGAAAGUUUCUGUAUAUUCAUAAACAUAUACACCCAAAGUGUUUCUGUGUGCAUUGGGUACUGCAUAUUUCAAAUAUUUUAAAAUGUAUUUAAACGGAAAUAACAUUAAAAUGAAAAGUUAUGUGAAAUGUUUCUAUAUUUUGUAAUGGUUGUGAUUUGUUUUUUUUUUGAAA